ACAAGGGUGUAAAGUUGUGGUGUAUUCCGCCAUGUUGACACCGUCGGCGGUAAUCCGAAAACUGUUUGGACCUCUCUUCAAGGAAAGUGAAUAGGCCCUCUGAACAACUAAAGGAUUUUCACGGAGUUGCUGUAAUCAAAAGAUGUCAUACACUAAUGCUAUCGCUCUUUAUGACUACAAAGCUACACAGAAUGAAGAGCUCUCCAUAAAAAAGGAUGAGAAACUGGUCAUUCUUGAUGAUAGCAAAUCUUGGUGGCAUGUGGAAAAUUCAAAGCGGGAAACUGGUUAUGUCCCUUCCAACUAUGUAAAAAAGAGCAAACCCAAAAACUGGUUAAAAAGUCUAGGACCUGGAAAAUCAUCAAAGGAAAAUGGAGCCAUGACUUCACCAGGGGAAUACUUUGUUCCACAGGAUGUUCUAAAUGCUUUCGAAACUGUGAUUGCUAAAUUUAAUUUCCAGCCGCAACAUGAUGAUGAACUUGUAUUGAAGAAGGGUGACAGAAUAACUGUUCUUGAAAAGAAAGAAGAUGGUUGGUGGAAGGGGAAAAUUGGAAAAGAAUCAGGCUGGUUUCCUUCCAAUUAUGUACAUGCAGAAGAGAACUCAAAAGUGACUAAAUCUGUCCCAGAUAAACCGGUACUUCACAAAGUGAAGACACUGUACAACUUUGAUCCGAAAAAUCCCGAAGAGCUUAGUUUUAAAAAGGAUGAAAUUCUGGAUAUAAUUGAGAAACCCGAAGAUGACCCUGAAUGGUGGGUUGCGAGAAAAUCAGAUGGUUCUUCGGGACUGGUCCCCAGCAAUUAUAUUGUAAAUGUAGACAAUGAUGGCAAAAUGCCAAUGCAGAAUGUAGAGCCAGCAGCUGACAACAAGGGACCGGGAAAAGCUAUUUUACCUCAGCAUAAGAAACUUCCAUUUGUUGACGAGGCAUGGUUUUGGGGUAAAAUCACAAGGGUUCAGGCUGAAAAGAUGUUGAAUAAAAAUGCAGCUGAUGGAGAUUUUCUAGUAAGGGUUAGUGAAACUCAGGAGGGAGGAUAUUCAGUGUCCAUGAAAGCUCCAGACAAAAUCAAGCAUUUUAGGGUAAAUUUUGCAGAUGGAAAAUAUAAAAUUGGUCCACGAAGCUUUGACAGAGUGGAAGACUUAAUAGAACAUUACAAGAGAAAUCCCAUUUUUACAGAUGACGCUGGUAACAAGAUGUUUUUGGUGAAGCCCUUUGAGGAUGGAUCAUAGUAUAGUAUCUGAAAAUUUCACAAAGUUUAGAACCAGGCAAGAAGCAUGAUUUUACUUGGUUGAUGAAUAAUUGAUGUCUUUGAGACUCUGCAGAGGAAAUUUCUAUUGUGAAAUUGCUAUUACUAAGCAGACAUUUCCUGUAUUGAAGUGAAGUGUUUAGUCUGCAAAAAAAAAUUGUACAAAUUACAAAUUAAUCCACAAAAAUUUGAAGAGUAUUGUGUAUACCCUGACAUUAUGCAGCAGGCAAUCCACAAGAGAAUUAAUGAUGAGGGUCGAAAUUACCUUGAAGAUUUCAUACAUGUUGGCACAAUUUGUAGUCAAAGCUCAUUGAUGUCAACAGGGGGCUAUCAAACGUCUGCCAACAGGCUGAACAUUUUGGUGAGACAAUGUUGAAACAUGUCAAUGAACAUCUGAGUUAACGUCAUUUUAGGACUCUUUGACCGAAGAUACAGCAAGUAUUCAAAAUAUUUAAUAUUUAGUUACAGUAAAUCGGGUUUUGACAUGCCUGAAUUUUGAGAAAAAGCAAGUUGAGCCUUAAAUUCCCACGGUGAAUUUCUCUUUACAAUAAUGGUCAGACUAGUUAUGAGAUUAAAGAAAAGUAUCAAUUAGAGGAUUAUUAGUUGAUCAAAUACCAAAUUCUCUGAACUAACACUGAUAAGAAUUGUAUGUUAGAAAGCAAGGAGAAUUACUAAAAUGAGAUCAUGAGAGGUCAAAAGGGCCAGCUUGUUAAAGUGUAGACUAACUUGGCAAACAAAUUCAGUGAGGCUCGGAAAUUUCUAUGUCCGUGGGUAUAGAGAAAGCUGAUUAUGGCGGUAGUGUCAGAGGAUGCUGAAAAAUUAGUGGACAAAGACUAAUUUAAGUGAAUUGAGGUUUCUUAAAUUCUUAGUGAAAUUUAGAUGUGGCCUUCAAUUAAGAUGCAAUUAAGAUAGAAUUAAGAUAUUUCAAACUAGUGUUAUGAGAGGGCAUUAGUUUGAUCAAGUUGUACAUAUACACGGAGCUCAUUGCUAUGUGAAUAGAGCAAGGCUCAAGAUCAGAACUGAUUUUUUUUAAUUGCAUUUUAAGAAGGUCACUUAAGGUCCCAGUAGGUUGAAAGGCAACUCUGGAAUUGGAAAGAAAGUUAGAAAAUGAAAUAGGUACAGUAGCGAAAAGUUUAGGGGAUAAGAUUGCUGGAAUGUGUCUUUAGCAAGUACUGUAAAUUUUAAGUGAAGUGUGUGUUAAAAAUGCAAAAGGUGAGGGGACUUUAGUUUUAUAUUAAACAAUCUUUUUGUACUCUGAAGACAUAGAUUAGGAAUACCACUAGACCAUUGUAUACUCUUUUUUUUAGUAAUAAAUUGAUAGUUUUGGUCUGGUAAUGGUAGUUUUCCAUACUCUUUUUAGGCCGAGGGUUACGUAGCACUAUCUUCUUGGGCGAGGUGAUUACACAAUACAGACUGAAGAAUUUUAAUUCACAAUGGUCACCAAAUACUUUCUGGUGUAUUUAACUCUUGAGACUCCAAGAGGUGAUUAACAUGUAACUUCUCUCUGUAAUAUUCAUACGUUAUCCAGUAGACAAGUUAAGAGAGUACCCAAACUACUUAUCAGGUAGAAGUUUUAAACUCAAUCUGACACUAAAUUUUUGUAACUAAUUUACAAGGAAAUGUUUGGUAGCUUGAGGGGAGAAUUCACCAUCGGAUCUUGGGGAGUUAGAGAGGUUUAAGAAGUAAAUGAAACAAGUAAAUGCUAGUGAUAGUUACUGCUAAUCAAAUGAUUUUGUUGGCAAUUUCCAAUGUAUAUGCAGUAGUGGUUUUUUUCCAUGACAGAAAAGAGCAAUUGCACAUUCAUUCCAAAUUGCUUUCACAAUCAUUUGAUUAUUUGACAGUGAUAUAUUCAAUAAUUACUAUCUUCAUUAAAUUUUAACUGUACAAGGAAUUAGCUGACUUCUAUGCAUACUAUUACUCGAUUAUUUUUGCAAUUAACUCUACCAAAACAUUUCUCGGUUUCUUGAGGUUCUGUGAAUAUUGUCACACUAUAUUGUGCAACUCUUCCUGUGGAUAAUUGGGUCUCAUGCAUAAAGUGUAAGUUUUUUACCAACCUACAUAUAUCCAGUACAUGGUUUAUUUGAAGGAAUGUAGGUUUACAAGCCAAAUGCUAUGUACAAUGUAUAGUACCAAAGAACAUUUGAGAGAGGGCAAACAAUUUUUCAAUCUUUAAAUUUGCUUUAAUUUAUGCAUGUUCUUUGUAUUUAUUCAAAAACUUUGGCUGAGAAAAUUAGUUAUCUUUUACCAUGAAGUAUUGUUUAAUCAGUUGUAUAAAUAGUGAUUUUGAAAACGUAGCAGUUAGUUCACGUGUCAUUCCUGGACAGAUAGCUAAUCAAAUUCCAGCUAAAUGACUUGUUAGGUAACAAUGGAAACUUUUGGAGAUUAGUGAAGUGUAGAUUAAACUAAUUCUUGUUAACAACUCAGUUUACAAGUCAUAGGUUCUUUUUUCAGUUAAAUCAAUUGGUUGCUCUACAAUAUGGAUUCCAUGUCUUUCUAGAUUUGUAAAGAUCAAUUGUGGUUCUGUAUCUUUUAAUCUUUGAACUUGUAGUCUGAUUGCACAGUUGAGGGUCGUCCUCAGAAGGAGUUUUUUGUUGGUAGUUGUACCUGAUGUCCUAUUAACCGGGUAACAUCCCCCACCAGGGUUGUGGCAUUGCCAGUUGCUACAACCAAGAACCAUCCUUUGCAGGACUACUUUCAGCUGGAGGUCAAAACUCUUAGUUUUCAUAAACUCUACUCUCGGAAAAGUUAUCUUUUCAGAACAGACAUUUCCGCUGAUAAAAAUUCUUGCAUACUCUUGCUAAAGAGAGGCAAUUCUUUGAGUAUCAGACAUCAGUUAGUUUGCAGAAUUUCUCUGGAUGCUUAUCCUUAGCUUGAAAGAACCUUGGUAUUAAAAAAGGACAUGAGUUGACUGAUUAAAGGUUUGAAACUUU